CCUUUAAACUCAUUUAGAUCUCAAGUUUAAUCCAACUAAUUUUCAACUCACUUAUCCUUUCGAAUAGUCUUGUUGCCUAUAUUGCAUCGACGCCUAGUGAUUAUAUCGCCACUUAAACUAUACGUCUACUUGCGCAUCGAGCGAACAAGCCAUGCUGGACCCUCAAAACAAAAUAAAGCUAAGCAUUUAGGCAGCAGGAUGAUACAAAGCAAUUGAAAUUUCUCCUUCGUGUUCAGAUGCAAUAUCCAGCAGUUUCAUUGGGAGCGUAUUACAAUUGUCUUCUCUUUUUUUUCCUCUCUUUUUUUUAUCGUCAACCGGUUGGCUACCUGGGUCUAUACGGGUAUCUCUUGGCAGGCUCAUACUCCUAUGGCCACCUAAACACGCCAAUCCGAUAGUAAUCUAACCUUGACAAGAGAAUUACAACCCGUCCAAACAAUGGACAUUACCUACCGUGGUCAUACGUUCCAAUUAGGCCUAGAUGGAAAACCUGUUACUAGGUCUCCCUCUAGCGGGGCAAGAAGCUUUGAAAAUUUACCACCAGAGAUACAUCUUCUAAUCAGUCGACACCUCACGUAUCCCGAUGCCUUAUCUCUAAAACAUGCCAGCAGAUACUUCUACUGCCUUGUUGAUACCGGGCUUAAGCUCAAGGUGGAUUGGCUGAUCGAGCGUCGGAGCUUGCACUUGGAGUGUCCGAACGAUCGUCGCUGCGACCUAGGGAGCGACUUGAAGUUCUGCAGAGGUAGCGUCAGGUUACUCAUGCAGCGGCGUCGCGAACACGCAGAAUGCGAAUCUCGUCCCGGUUUAGGGUGCCUCGUAUAUGGGACGGCAAAAUGUGCACAUCGGCGCCAGCUGAAAUGGCGCAUCAAGCGAUGGCUCCGUUCCCGUCUUACUAUCGAACUCUGGUGGUGUCUAGUGCCUUUAGUUCCCGUUCUCUUGGGAUGCCUAUGGGUGGCAGAAUUCGCAAGAUGGCACGCCAAAGAAUAAGUUAUGUUUAGAGGUUUAGGCAUUAUAAUACUGAAAUGGCUAUUUAGCUAUCUUAUAUAAUUUCAAAGUCCGAUACAGAUAUUCUGUAUGUGGGAGUAAACACUAA